ACCAUCUAUUUAAGAUGGAAUUGCUGCAUAAAAUUGCAAGGUGAUUUUGAAGUGUUUAAAGGCUAGACGGAACAACGCCAAGGACAACGAAAAUGAAGGGUUAUAUAUUUCUUUUCCUGGUUGCCACUGCAUUUUGCCAAGCCACCGCUCAAGGCACUGACGGUUUGACUGCUAAAGCUGCAGAAGAGACUGACGAAGAGACCGAUAUUGACAUCAAAGACGAAAACGGAAAUCUUGUUACACAAGCUGAAAUAUUUUCCGACGUGGACUUCCAAGUCGAAAAGCCGGUUGAAGGAAGUGUCUGUCUGAUAAAGAAUAAAAAUGACACCAGCGAAUGCUACAAAGAAAAGCCGUUGACAUUUGAGAUUCCGUCUUCCGUCUGGGCUUUCUGUGAGGGUCGUGAGAUGACGGUACUGGAGGCCAUAGAGUGUGCGGAUAAACAAGGACAAGAGAGAAACUUCAUAGACGAAAUAUUACAUCGAAGGGCGAAAGGUCAGUACAGAACAGUUUGCCUAUGGACAAGAAGGGACACAGUAACUUGUGCGGCUAAAAGAUGUUGUAAAUACAAAAAAUAUUCAAGGAAAUGCCUGAAGACAUGCUGCAAACAAUAUAAGAAGAACGUGAUAAGUACAGAAAGAUGUAUCAAAGGCUUCACCACCCGUUUCUAGAACUGAACUCCAGCCGCGUCUGGUACUGAACUCAAGCACACGUAAAUCAAUAGUGCACUUUCAGUAUAAUGGACAAAUGACUUUGAAUCAUCUUCAUUUUCUUCGAACUAUAUUAACUAUAUUAGACAUUCUGUUCUUGUUAUGAAGUUUAAAACGCGUGGCGGUUUUGACUCCUGGAUAUUGAAUCCUACCAUACGAUCAUUUUUUCGAACUGGUAUGUACAAGUUGUCAUAGUAUCUAAUUCAAAACAAAUUGCUUUACUGGUCUCUUUAUACACAGCUAGUUUAAAUUUGGAAAUAACAUUUUCAUUUCAAACUGUAAUCUUCAUACAGUGUUGUUACUGUUGUUUUCUUUAUUUUCAACAGAGCUCUUUUAAAGAGUUAUAAUUAACAAGACAUGAUUAGUUCCUAAACAAUGUUUAAAAUAUAGGGCGUUUUUUGUCCGUGUUUGUAAUUAUCCUAUUGACCUUGACUCAAAUAUGUCAUCUCUGUAUGAAGUUUAUUUAGACUUAAAAUACUGUUUGAUAUGUAUGAUUUUUUAUAUUUUAUAUUGAUCUUUAAACUUUCACUUUAAAUAUUUAACCAGAAUGUAUUCGGAUUAUGUUGUAUUGUGUUGUGUCCAAACUUUGUGUACAUAAAUUAUACGUCUGUAUAAAAGGACUCCCUCAUAGAUUUUUAUGUUUUAAGAUUGAUUUUUUCCUAGCUCGAAUUCACGUAUUGUAAAUUGCUGAACAAAAGUUCAACCAAGUAACAGAAAGGUUGCGAGAUGUUUUUAGUGUCUUAAGUAAAUGUUGAAAUAUUGUUUCACUUUAAAUUGAUUUAUUAACGCGAUUUGGUUAAAACAGUAGUCCGCGCAUGCGUAACUGACAUUACUACUGUAUCGCAGUACUACCACGUGACAAUACUGCAGGUGAUUGUGCAAAAUUUUAAACGGGUGUCUCGAUCGGUGCUGAAAAGGUUUUCUGUAAUAUUGCUAUAUUUUGAACACAAUCACCAAUCACUGUAACAGUUGUAAAAUAAAAAAAUAAAAAUAUCUAUUUUAAGUGUGUAAAUGUUGCUUUUAUAUGUAAUACAUUUUAGUGUCAAUCAAUUUGAGAGUUCCAACUUCCAAUAAAUAGCACUCGUGGAAUACUUUGAAGUUAUAAUGUGUUUCUUAAAAGCAAUUUCAAAUAUUUUCCUUCAUCCACUAUUUAUUUUGGAUAGUAAACAUGCAUUUGUGUGCUAUUAUAUUUUUUGUUUCAUUGCAUAUCUUAUUCAACGAAGUGAAGGUUAAAAGCCUCACGUACAAUCGAACUUUAUCCGAAAACUAUUAAAUGAAUAAAUACGAAUAAAUGUUACUGCUAAAUCUUG